AUGAGUGAUGAGCAAAUAAUAAAACGGCGUCUUAUGUUUGACGGUGAUGGGAUAGGCGACGACAGAAGACUGAAUUUGCUACAAAACCUUGUUUGCAAAUGGGCAAACAAACUUACUGAGAGAGGUUAUGGCAAGAUUCUGCAUAUUUUAAGUCAAUGUGAGGCAGUUCCCAGAAGAUCUGGUAUGAUUAGAAAACAGAAAGAAAAGGAAUUAAGAAAUUACAAGGAAUUUCAACAAAUUUCAGAAGCAGAUAUUGCUGAUACUAGAAAAUCAAUUGCUUAUAUGAAAGAUAUUCAGAAAAAAUCGCAAAUUGUAAAACAGAAUAAAGUUAAGUAUGAUUUACUUAUUAAAGAGAUUAUGCAUUAUCCUAAAAUUAAUGAGACAAAGGAAAAAAUAAAUAAUAUUGGGAUUGAUAUUAAAAGUAUGAGAAUUAAUAAAAGUGACUUGAAUAAAAAGAUCAAUGAUUUAAAAAGGCAAUUUCAAGUGUUUACGAUGUUUAUUCAAAGGUCCAUUGAAGAUGUUAAUGAAGACAAAUGCCAAAUCACAGGUGAUUGGGAAUGUUAA